GCGGACAACGAGGGAAGACGGUGCGCACUUUAAGGAUCUCCAAUUUUCUUGCUCUCCACCUUCCAGUUUAACCAACUCCCUCACUUCUCUCUCUCUCUCUCUCUCUCUCUCUAUCUAACAUUUUCCCGACUUUUCUUUUCCUCUUUCCAUCGCUUUCUCUGCAUCCAAACAUGAACUCCACGGCAAUUACAACAACAACACUGCCUCAUUUCUCCUCCUCCCGCUCCGCUGCGGCCGAAUCAUCCUCAAACCGCCAAUUCCACAACCUUAUACCGGCCAAGUUGAAACUCGACAAACAAAACAACAGAUGUCCCUUAUCCAUAAAAUGCAUCCCCAAUCGAGGAAUUCGAAACCCGAGCGCGUUGGCCUUGACGGCGGCGGAGGCGCCUCCGUCGAAGGCCACGGUGAUGGUGGCUGACAAGAUAAAACGGCUCGUUUUGGAAUUCAAGUCCCUGGUGGAGCCAAUCGACCGCGUGAAGCGGCUACUACACUACGCAGCGAGGCUCCCGCCGGACAAUGUGUCGGCGCGGGAGCCAGAGAGCCGAGUCCAGGGGUGCUCGACGCAGGUGUGGGUGGAGGCGGAGAUGGACGAGGCGGGGAGGAUUAGGUUCCGGGCGGACAGCGACUCGGAGAUCUCGAAGGGGUUCUGCUCGUGCCUGAUUUGGAUGCUCGACGGCGCGGAGGUGGGUGAGGUUUUGGCAGUGGAGACGCGGGAUUUGGAGGACGUGAAUGUGGGGGUGUACGGGAAGGUGAAUUCGAGAGUGAACACGUGGCACAACGUGCUGCUGGCGAUGCAGAGGAAGACUCAGGCUUUGGUGACGGAGCGAAAGCUGGGGAUACGGGGGACUAAUGAGUAAUGAGGUCAGCGGUUAAGCCAUUACUCUAUAU